GGUGGAUUGAUUUCUGUCACGUGAGCGGCCCAGUUCCUCGCGGCGUCGGUCGCUAAGGCAGUUGGAAGGAGCGCUAGUUUUUAGCGGGGCUGGCGGUACGCGUUGGACAGGCUCUGCAGCAUAGCUGGAAAAAACAGCAGUUUACUGAAUCUCUUUGUUACCAACAUCGGACUGCACAUGCAGAUUAAAGUAUGGCAACAGAGAUCAAUUUUCUAAGAGAUCAAAAUCAGAGACUAAAUGCGGCACUCAGACAGCAUCAAGCAGAGAACCUUCUGAGAACUACCUCUGUGCAAAAAAAUGUCCUAAGGGGUGAUGACACUCUGAAACCCUGGCUGACUGACCAAAGCUUACUGUUCCCUCUCAUUUCUGAGUAUGAUAAACAUCUGGAGGAAAUGAGUGAACAGCUGCAGUAUUAUCAGGCACAGAUGGGCGAGAUGAGACUAAAACUUGAACAAGUCACCAAGGAAAAUGAAAGGCUGCAUGAGGAAUUGAAAGAGGCUGUUGAGAAGCAGCUGGAGGCCCUUCCUUCUGGCAUUCUCUUGGGGAGUGAUGUGUUUGCAGAUGAAGAAAUAGUAAGAAACCUUCAAGAUCAGUUACAACUAGCCAAUCAAGAAAAAGAGCAAGCACUGGAGCUCUGGCAGACAGUAUCACAGGAACUAGAUCAACUCCAGCAGCGAUACCAGGGGCACAUGACUGAAGCACAGAUUCAUGUGGUAGAAGGGCAAAAGCAAAAAAAUCAGUUGGCUAGCUUUCAGCAACUGACUGAGCAACUUCGAUUAGCCAAUGAGAAAACAGAGUUGACUAACCAACAAUUUCUGAAAACAGUAACAGAACAGAAUAUGGAACUAGAACAGCUACGCAAACAACUGAGGCAAGCCAAAGUAGAUGUGAGAACAGCAACUGCUAAAGUUGAUGAAAUGACCAAAUUGUUAGUGGACCUUCAAGCCCAGAUGGAGAGAAAGGAAGAAGAUGUAGUAUCUGCUCAGGAGAGAGAGGAAGCGUCAGACAAACGCUUGCAGCAAUUGCAAUCUAGCAUAAAACAAUUGGAGACGAGAUUAUGUGUAGCUGUACAAGACUCUGAACAGUUGAGAACAGAAAGGACUGCUCUAGAAAAACAAACUAGAGAGCUACAGGCAAAGUGUGCAGAUCUAGAAGAGGAAAAAUAUGAUGCUAUAGUAAAAGUCCGAGACAGCAUGCAACUCUUAGAAGAAGCUAACCUACAAAAAAAUCAGGCCCUGCUCCGAGAGAAGCAAAAAGAAGGGGAGAUAGAAAAUAUGAAAGAAGCAAUUUCUCAGCUUGUACAAGAUGCUGCUGCAAGAACUAAAAAGGAAGUAGAGAAUGCAAGGAAGCAUUACAAUAUACAGAUUUCUCGAUUAACAGAAGAACUUUCUGCUCUUCAAAUGGAGUGUGGAGACAAGCAAAGUCAAAUUGAACGGGCCAUUAGAGAGAAGCGAGCAGUGGAAGAAGAACUUGAGAAAAUUUACCGUGAAGGCAGAGGAAGUGAAUGUGAUUACAGAAAACUGGAGGAACUACACCAAAGAUGUCUGAUAGCAGAACGUACAAAAGAUGACCUUCAGCUGUGUCUACAGGCGGCACAAAACAAAAUUAAACAACUGGAAAUGAACUCCGAGGAAGAGAUAUCUCGUUGCCAGGAAAUGGUUUGCAAGCUGCAAAGCAUUCUGGAUUCUGAAAGAGAAAACUCUGGCUCUAUUAGUGAACAAAGACUAAAACUUCAUCAAGAAAAUGAACAGCUGCGUAAAGAAGGAGAGGACUUGAGGAAACUGGUCAUGGAGGCACAACAAAAAGCUAAAUUAAAGAUAAGCACAAUGGAACAUGAGCAUUCAGUGAAGGAGCAUGGGUUUGAGGUUCGACUGAAAGAGAUGGAAGUCACUAAUCGAAAUUCCACUGUUGAACUGAGACGUUUGUUGGUGGCUCAGCAAAAAGCAACAAACCGGUGGAAGGAAGAAACAAAGAAGCUUACAGAAACUACAGAAACCAGGAUCAAUAAUCUGAAAAGUGAGCUGAGUCGACAGAAACUUCAUACACAAGAGCUGAUUUCUCAGCUGGAAGUGGCAAAUGAAAAGAGAGCUGAGAAUGAAAAAUUAAUGAUGGAGCAUCAAGAAAAAGUCAACAGACUUCAAAGGCGACUAACACAGGCAGAACAGAGGGCAGCUACAGCAUCUCAACAGCUCAAUGUGAUUACUGUGCAGAGGAAAAAAGCUGCCUCCAUGGUGGAUCUAGAAAAUAUUUAAAAAAUAUGCUUUGUUCAUUCACACCACUUAAGAAUUGGAAAAUCUGUCAGAGGAAUACAGUAUUGGAGCAUUAAAGCCUAUAGCACACAGCUAGACUUGUGUAAUUUGCAUAAACAUUUUCCAUUCUGUUUGCGCAAGGGGGAAAAAAGCUCACAGUAAAUACAGGAAUGAGAGUAUGCAAAAUAAUAUAAUGAUUUCUUAUGUAAAAUGAAGCCCACAUUCAUCAAUGUAAAAUUACAAGCGUACUGUGCAUAGUGUGGGUUUUUUGAUUUAAUGGCAAUCAUGACAAAGUAGUAUUAAAGCAAUAUAUACCAAUGUGCUGACAAUUAUAAACACCUUUACUCUGUAUGUACAAAUGAUUUGUUUAAUUACAUUUUGUAUGACAUUUUCUUAAUGUACAAGUGCAAUGGAAUAAAUUAUGUACUUUCUAAA